UUCGUGGGCCGCCCGGGAAGAUCGAUUUGCAGAUGUGGUUGCCAAAUAUGACCGCAGGUUUAGGACUGUGAAGCGUGACCUCAUCCUGACCCCUAAGUUCCUGUAUCUGAUUGGUCGUGAGAAGGUGAAGCAGGGACCAGAUAAGGGACAGAUCCACGAGGUUCUGAAGAGACAGAUAGAAGUGGAGAAGAUUCAGUCAGUCUCUCUCAGUACCCUGCAGGAUGACUUCUUCAUCAUCCACGAGGAGCAUUACGACAGUGUCCUUCAGUGCAUCUUCAAGACGGAGUUCCUCAGUCUGCUCUACAAACGUUAUGAUGAGAAGACCCAGAGGAAGCUACCGCUCAAGUUCAACAACCUACUGGAGUUUAAGGUGAAGAAGGGAGGUUGGGGGCCGUUCUCAGCUGCUGGCUCCAGGCAGAUCCAGUUCCAGCCGGGCCAAGGAGAAGAGGCGGUUGUGAAGCCCAGCAGCAAGGUCCUCAUAGUCACCAUCGGACCCGGGCUCCCAAAGAACUCCAGACCGACCCGCAGGGACAACAGGAAAAGUCGCUACAUGGGAAACCAGACUCCAGGCUCAGGACAGCAGUCACAAGGUGCCCCCAGGGGCAGAGGCCGAGGUGGGGGUGGUGGUCAGCGGGGUGGGCCACCCUCGUCCAGGGUCUCUCUGCUCCGCCGGCAGUCCAGUAUGGAGCAGCCUACACUACCCCGACAACAGAGGUCCCGGCAGACCAACAACCACUCCAACAACCAGAGCCAGGCAGACACCGCUUUCAUGAACGUGCCUGACCAGGGAGUGGCUGGUGUUCAUCGUAGACGCUCGAAGGAGGUCAAGCCUUCCCCAGGAGCGGGCCGCCCCAAGCCUGCCCCCAAGCCCAAGCCUCGCGCCCCAGAAUGCCGGCGCUGUAUGCUUACGACGCCCAGGACACUGAUGAGCUGAGCUUCAACGCGGAGGAUGUCAUUGAAAUCCUCACUGAAGAUCCAUCAGGCUGGUGGUACGGUCGUCUUCGCGGGAGGGAAGGCAUGUUUCCUGGGAAUUAUGUAAAGAAGAUUUAGGCUGCAGCGAUGAGGGACUUGUCCAAUGAGAGAAGAUCUAGACUGGAGCGAUGAGGGACAUGUCCAAUGAGAGAAGAUCUAGACUGGAGCGAUGACGGACAUGUCCAAUGAGAGAAGAUCUAGACUGGAGCGAUGAGGGACAUGUCCAAUGAGAGCAAGGAGUCAGGUGGCAACAGUAGAAUUACAACCAUACCAAGUGCAUUACUACAGAGACAAAACAAAAAAAGCAUCAUUAAAGAAUUUCUCCAUACCAUCUCUCUUUGGAGUCCAAGACAAGGGAAUGUGAUGAUUUUUGCCAAAGAUGGUUUCAAGUGCAAAUACUACUAAUUUUUAUCAAUGGAUCGUAUCUAUUGUUUUAGCAUGGGUUAGCUUUUUUUAAAGACUGAACAAAAAUGUUUUAUUUUAUCCUGCAUCUUUUUAUAGCCAUUUACCUCCAGUGUUCAAAUAAAUCUUAGUUUUAUUUGCUCUUUCACAUUUGUUUAAUACAUAGGACCAAAUGUCCAUAAUAAUCUCAGUUCAGGUGGAGUUGGGAUAGAAUGGGUAAUUACAAAACAUUUUUGACAAGAUAUAUAUUGUAAAAUAUAUAUUAGUUGUGUAUUUUAUGUGAUUAUCCAUGUCUUAGGUAGAUAUUUCACAAUUCUAUAUUAGUGAAGAUUUGUAAGGCUGAGUUUACACAGGCAGCCCAAUUCUGAUGUUUUACCCAAUUAUCGGCAAAAGGGCCGGUCUGAUUUGCCAAAAGACCAAUUAACGGCAAAAUAAUCAGAAUUGGGCUGCCUGUGUAAACCCAGCCUUACCGAUCUUCACUGAUAUAGAAUUGUGAAAUAUCUACCGAAGAUGAUGAUGAACCAUAAAAGACAUUAACAGAGCCUACCAUUUCCCAUGUUUUAUAAUAGGCUACAUGGUACAUGUUAUUACCCAGAGAUAGUCUGUUAAAAAAGAAAGAAAAGACAGUUGAUUGUUUGUCGACAGUUGACGUAAGGUCCUAAUGAACAAAAAAUUAAAAGAAUUGUAAACCAUCAAA